AUGGCUGAUUUUGUAGAUCAAACUGCGUCGGACGUGUCCGGCACGGCGUCCGAGUCCACUGCAACCAAAGAUAACAGAGACAGCAACUCAGGAGAGAAAAAAGUUCCGCCGAAGGCAAGCAGACAAAGAUUCAAGCCACAAUUAUCCUGCACUUUUUGCAGAGCACGGAAAUUAAAAUGUGACCGUUCCUCGCCAUGCAACAAUUGCUCCAGAAGAGACCUAUCAUCAUCAUGCACAUACAUCCACAAUUCACGUGAGAAGACAUCUCAAAUCCAAAAGACCAGAGAGAAAGCAAAGGAUGUUCAAGAACGAAUCAAAAAUUUAGAGGACCUGGUUGUUGCUUUGAUGAAUCGAACGGAAAAUACAAAAGCAACAUCGGCUGUCUUAUCAGGAUUUCAGCCCUCUGCAAUCGGGCCCCCAGAACUUCCAUGGCCAGAUGAUACUACUAUUUCUGAAAGUGCAGAUUCUAUUGGACGUAUAUCUGUUGACGAUGAGAUGCAGAACUAUGUUGGCGGUGCCCAUUGGAUGGCGAUCCUCGAGAAUAUAGCUGGCUUGAAGGACUCAUUGGGAUCCGAGGAGUGGCCGCAAGGCACGGCGAGCAGGAAUAAUAAAUAUGAAGGACCCGAGCUGCUUCUUGGAGAUAAUACUAAAGCUUCGCGGGAAUCUAUUCUCGCUUGUCUUCCAUCGAAGCCCCUGGCUGAUAAUUUGGUUGAUCGCUACUUCACUGCGAUCGAUGCUUCGUUAGUUAUCACUCAUGCUCCGACUUUCAAGAAGGAGUCUUCGUGUCAAGUCGGGCUUCCUCGAAUGAUAAAUCAAGGGAUGUAUGAUACAAAGCCCCCUAGCCACAUCCUAGAUGAAGACUUCGAUGAAAAUAUGGUAGUAUUGCCACCUAUCACGACGGAAUACGAACGAUCCGCCAUUGGCCAUGCAACUUUUAAGUAUCGUCUUGUUCUAGUAUUUGGAAAGAUAUUUGAUGCGUCAAACCUUGUUAGUCCUAUUUCCUAUGAUGAAGUAAUGAGACUUGAAAAAUUGCUUCUUGAUGCUGUCGAGGAAAUUCCAGAAUGUUUUCGAGCCAGAUCCAUUCACGUCCUCAAUAGCGGGUCUAUAUUGCAGAGGGUUAGGAGGUUCUCAAUUGAAAUGACCUAUCUCAAAUCUCGAUGUUUUCUUCAUCGCAAAUUUCUCUCGGAAGCCGAAUCAUUGCAGAAACACUCUUAUUCUGUCAAAGCGUGCGUUGAUUCUUCAAUGCUAAUUCUACAAUAUCAAAAUUAUAUGACCAUUGAGGCAGCGCAAGGUCGUCCGUUGCACGGCAUGAAAUGGAUUACAUCUUCUUUGAUGACUUACGAUUUCCUCUUAGCUGCAACACUUCUUUGCCUCUAUCUAGGGCACUUGAUGGCAAUAGAGGGGAAAUCUAUGCAUAUUAGGUCCCUAGAGUUUCCAAUUGACUGGACCAAGGAAGAUGUUUUGCAAGCCUUGCUCAAAUCUUACCAAAUUUGGAAUAAUCCCGAACUUUCCUCGGAAGAUACUAUGAAGUUUUCGAAGGUACUAAAAGCCAUGCUGAACAAGGUUGGUCAUUGGCCCACGGCAGAUAAGAUCCAGGCCGAGGCUUCAAAGGAGGUAGCAAACGAGGCUAACACUGGUAUAUCACCACCUCAACGUCGAGAGGUUCUCUCUGCUAACACUCCUGCAAAAGGUUGCGUUCCAAAUCAUCUACUUUCGAACAUGUAUCCCUUAUCACCAAGUAAUUAUGAAGCAAGUCCAAGCGAGUCCUCUACAUCGAAUAUUGGUAUGAUAGGAGACAUUUUGAGCGAUCCAACAGGUCUCGAUUGGAGCCUUUGGGAUAGCAAUUUCCAAGGGAGCAACACAUAUAUUGAUGCAGGAUCAUCACUUUAUGCUACUGACCCGUACUUUCCGUUUCAGGCAGCUGGAUUUGAAACCAACAGGGAGCGCAAUCAAUGA